CCUUUAUUCGCUUUCUUUCCUUUUCUUUUACUUCCUUUGCAAUUUCUCAAGGGUGCUUCUUGUAGAACACACCAGACGAAGCAAAUCCCAUUGCAUCUCAUAUACCUGUAUUCAAUUUACCCACACGUCACCGAAAUACCGACUUGAAAAAACCCCACAUACACAUACACACAUAUAAAAUAUAUAAUAAGAAGAAAAAAAAGUCAUUUCGCGUGUUUGAUACCCUUCAUCUAAACUUGCAUCUUGUCAUCAUCAAUUCAUCCGACUCAAUGGCCUUUCGAGCAGUGACUGAUCAGCUAAAGACUAAAUGGCGACGACAAUCAUCCGGGAAACUAGCCACACUAAACCAAGAACCAGACACCAGAACUCCUGUUCCACCCUCUCCGACCCAACCACCGACCACUACACGAGAACCAAAAAAACCUGAUCGGAAAUCAGUCCCGGCCAAAGAAUAUCCACCCAGUCCAGAUACCCUUCUGAGUGGCAUUGGAGACUACCUGUUUCUUGAUCCACUCGGGCAUGGAAAAUUUAGUAAAGUUGUAUUAGCAUACCAUUAUUUAACAGGCGAAAAAUAUGCAGUAAAGAUUAUCGAUAAAAGAGUUCAUGAUUAUAGAGUCAUGUCCAGACUCGUAAGAGAAAUCAACCUGAUGGAAAUAAUUGACCACCCAAACGUUGUCCACCUGUACGAAACUUAUGAGACGGCUGAUUCACUUUAUUUGGUGAUGGAGUAUGUCCCCGGACUUAAUUUAGACGAAUAUCUCCAGAAACACAAUGGUGCACUACAAGAAGAAGACGCCAGAAAUAUAUUUAGACAAAUGGUUGCUGCUGUAGAAUAUUGCCACAGUCGAUGGGUUGUCCAUCGCGAUCUAAAGGCCCCUAAUGUGUUACUUACUCCACACGGGGAAGUUAAAUUGGCAGACUUUGGACUAGGAAAUCGGUUUGGAUUACAGCGUCUAAAGACAAUCUGUGGUAAUGAUGAUUAUUAUUAUUAUCCCGAGAUCAUCAGUGGUCAGAAAUAUGUUGGACCCGAGAUUGACUGUUGGUGUUUGGGUGUUACCCUAUUCCGGAUGACAGCUGGAUUCGAACCAUUUGCCCAUGCUCAUACCGUGGGUGAAUUAAGAAAAGAUGUUGUCCAUGGUAACUACCCAAUGCCGUCCCACCUCAGCCCAGGACUACAAAAGACAAUCCGCAAAUGUCUUUCGGUAGACCGUAGAAAAAGAGUAGCACUC